UAUAUUAUAUGAUAAUCUUUUAGUUCUUUAAUUUUAGAUGACAAAAAAUUUUGUUAUAAAAAACAAAUACGAAGUGAACAUAAUAUGCUUAUUAUAAGCAUUUUAUAUGUUUAUAUAUUUGACAACUUAAUGGAAUUUAUGUUUGAUGUUAAUCUAGUGUUACCUGAUUCAAUUACUAUAGUUUCAAGCUCUGAUGUUGCUGAUUUGAAUAUUUUACAUUUACCAAAUAAUGCAAGACAGAAGCAGAAGUAUGAACAUCUAAGUACAAUUAUUGAUGAAAUGGGCAUUGCAUCUGCAAAGGCGCAGAAACUUAAAGUGCCUAUUACCAGUUUUUUAAAAUUCAAAUGUUCUAAUCAGCAUUUAUACCUGAUGAAAGACUGUAACAGUGUUGCUGGGUUAUUGAAGGUUGGUGUUAAGCAGCUCUUUCUUUGUGAUGAGAAAGAAACUCUACAUGAAUGUCAUCCACUUUGUGUGCUAGACUUUUAUAUUCAUGAAACAAAACAACGCAAUGGUAAUGGAAAAAAAUUAUUUCAAAAAAUGUUAGAGAAUGAAAAUGUUUCUGUUCAUCAACUUGCUAUAGAUCGUCCUUCACAAAAAAUGCUUGCAUUCCUUUCUAAGCACUUUUUACUAAAAAAUCCAAUUAAUCAGAUAAACAAGUUUGUUGUGUUUAAAGAUUUCUUUUUAAAUUUGGCAGUUGCAAAAGAAUCAGAGAAUAACAGAAGAAGGAGCGCUCCUGUGCUUAGAAAUCAGACUGCUACUUGUAAAGAUAUGCAGCAACAAUCAGCAGCUUCGUUAUCAUUUAUACAUGAUUCUAGUUCGCAGACAAAAGGUGCACAAACAAAGAAGUUUUUGUAUCAAAAUAGCGAUUCUGUCAUUCCAAAAACAAAUACGGAUUUUUAUACAAAUAAAAUAAAUAUUCAUAAAGAUAUUUUUCGACCUGGGGUAUUUAGUCGUCAUUCUUUUGGAGAAAAUGAAGCUGGACUUAGAAAUCCUAAACAAGUUAGAAAUAAAAGUGCUUCACUCGAGACUAAAGUCAUGUCGCACGGCAUUCGCGAUGAGCAUUCUGCUUUUCUUAGUGUAACAUCAGUGGAUUCUCCGGAAAUUAAUCAAGUCAAAAAAAACAAAUACGUGAAUUCUGAUGGAAAUUAUAUUGUAUCUAACAACAAUUCACAUCAAAAAGAAUAUGGUACAAGUUGGAAUGUUCUUGGAGUUCCGACUAAAAAUUACGCCUAUAAAUCUCAAUUUAGAUAACUCAGGAGAGAUUUAUCUUUCAGUUUAACUAUUUAUUUUAAAAAAUUGUAAUGGAUUUCUUUGCA